AUGUCACCUGCAAUCAAGAAGGCAGCAAACUUCUCAUCCAUACGUACCUUAUACAACUUCGGAGUGAAAGAAAAGAGGAGUGUCGAUAUUGAGGUAGGGAGAACGCAGCAAACCAGGAAAAUCGAUCAGUCACUCUCUAGAAAACUUCCCAAGGGUACUCUCUAUGACCCUUUUGAUUUUUCUAUUGGUCGAAUCCAUUUAGAUAGAAAAUAUCAGGCAAAUAAAAAUGCAAAUAAAAGCGAUGUAAUGAAAUCCGGUGCAAAUCCUUUAGAGUUUUACGCGAGGCCAAGAAUACUUUCGAGGUAUGUCACCUCCGCAGGAAGAAUUCAGCAUAGGGAUAUAACAGGUUUAUCGGCCAAGAAUCAAAGAAGGCUAUCAAAAGCCAUCAGAAGAUGCCAGGCAAUAGGGUUAAUGUGA